AAACGACGAAUGUCACAUUAACAUAGCAAAAUGUAUUCGAAGUUAUUUUAUAUAUUUAUACUAAACUUAGCAUUAACGGUCGCAGAAAAGAAGAGUUAUGAAGGAUAUAAAUUAUAUAAGACGAUCCCAGAAACGGCAGAACAAGUAGAAAGUUUAGUUGCUCUUAGAGGAAAUGGUAUUGCUGAGUUUUGGGAUGAUAAUAUCGUUGUCAAUCAUGAAUCCAGGAUGAUGGUGCGUUCUGAGAAAGAGGCUGCGUUUCAGGAGAUCACGAAUAACAUAAAUAUGAAAUCUGAAGUGUUGUUAGAUGACAUACAGAGAGUGAUAGAUGAACAGCUGAAUCCUAUAAAAAGGAGCACAGAAUCCUCAUCAUUCCUCUCAUUCGAUUGGGACCACUACCAUACACUUGAAGAAAUUUACGCUUGGUUUGAUCGAUUGGCCUAUCACUAUCCUGAGAUAGUAACUAUAAUUUCAAUGGGGACAUCGGUUGAGAAUAGAGAAAUCAAAGGUGUAAAAAUUAACUAUGGUCAUCGGUCUACCAGAGCCAUGUUAGAAGGCACUCUACACGCUAGGGAAUGGAUCAGUGCAGCUACUUUAACGUGGAUUAUUAAGGAGUUCUUGACGAGUACCAAUCCUGACAUCAGGUAUCUAGCAGAACGCUAUGAGUGGCACAUAUUCCCUGUGGUGAAUCCCGAUGGUUACUCAUAUACAUUUACCGAUAAUAGAAUGUGGAGAAAGAAUCGUAGUACUGCCAACUUUACUUCGUGUGCACCAGGUACUAAUGACGAUAUGAGUAACGGUGUAGACCUCAACAGAAACUUCGACUUUGUCUGGAUGUCUACUGGCGCUUCAAACGACUCUUGCUCGAAUACCUUCGCUGGACCAGAACCAUUCUCCGAACCGGAAUCUCGAGCCAUUGCAGACUACGUCUCAAUUUUAAAUGAGCAAAAAGAAUUAUUUUUCUACAUCGCAUUCCAUUCGUUUUCCCAACUUGUUGUGAUUCCGUACAGUCACGUAAGAGGCCCAGAUGUUCUAACAGCAUGCAAUUACGGAGAUAUGUAUGAAAUCGGUAUAAGAGGUGCUGAUAAACUGAGAGAAAAGCACGGCACCAAUUAUAGAGUUGGAGUUUCUGCAGAUGUCAUGUAUGAAAUGAGCGGUACAAGUUUCGACUGGGUAAAAUAUGCAGUGAAUGUACCUGUAUCAUUAUUGCUCGAAAUGCGAGACACAUCGCAAUAUGGAUUUUUGCUACCGCCUGAACAAAUUAUACCAAAUAGCGAGGAAGUUAUGGAAUUCUUACUUGAAAUGGAGAGAGUUGCAGCGAGAAUAUUAAACUUUCAUGUUGGAUCUGCUUCUAUUAUUGGAGCUAACAUAGCUUUGAUUCUUAUUGUAUUAUCGCUGAUUGAACACGUAAAAACAGAAAUGGAUAUCAAAAUACUAGUGGUACUUGUUGGUAUAUUUUGUAUAAGUAGUGCAGCGAAAUCCUAUGAAAAUUAUAAAGUGUACAAUGUGAUACCCAAAACAGAAGUACAAGUGCAAUAUCUUAUUGAUCUGAAAAAAGAAAAGUACGAUUUCUGGACGGAUGUUAUUAAUAUUGACAGCAAUGUAAGGAUUAUGGUAUCACCAGAACAGGCCGAGGAAUUAGUAGAAUAUAGUACAAGUGUGGGAAUGGCAAUUGAAUUAAGCAUAAGCAAUAUACAGGUAUUGAUUGAAGCUCAAAUGAAGGCUGAAAUAGAUACAAAGUCAGCUAGACUAGGAUCUUUUUCAUGGAACGAUUAUCAUACGCUUGAAGAAAUUUAUAAGUGGCUUGAUGAACUUGAGGAAUUAUAUCCUGGUAUAGUUAGAACAGUAACUGUUGGAGAAACAUAUGAAGGUCGUGACAUAAAAGGUGUUAUUAUAGAUUUGAAGGCUGGUUUGCGUGAACCGCAGCCAUUAGUAGCAGUAAUCGAAGGUGGUAUUCACGCCAGAGAAUGGAUUUCUCCAGCCACCGUCACUUGGCUUAUUAAAGAAUUCUUAACAAGCCAGAAUGCCCAAGUUAAAUUACUAGCAGAAACCUUCGUUUGGCAUAUAAUUCCAGUUUUAAAUCCUGAUGGCUAUGCGUAUACUUUUAAUGGGGAUCGCAUGUGGAGGAAAAACAGGAACCCAGAACAUUUUAAGGCUUGUGGAAACAACGAUGACCUCAGUAACGGAAUUGAUUUGAAUAGAAACUUCGACUUUGUUUGGAAUACUAUCGGCGCGUCUAAUGAUUCUUGCAGCCAAACAUUUGCUGGGCCUGUAGCGUCAUCAGAAUAUGAAUCUCGCGCUUUAGCAAACUAUGUACUCGGAAUCGAUCACCAUGGACACGGCAGAGUGAUCUACUACUUCGCUUUCCACUCCUUUUCGCAGAUGAUCCUCGUACCAUACAGUCACGUUUCGGGAAUUGGGGUUUUAGAGGCCGACAACUAUGGAGAUUUGUAUGAAGUAGCAGUACGUGGAGCUGCGAAGCUGAAAGAGAGACACGGCACUCAAUACACUGUGGGGGUGUCAGCUGAGAUCUUAUAUCCAGUCAGCGGGUCUAGCUUCGACUUCAUGAAAGGCGUUGGUAAUAUUCCCAUAGUCUACCUAUUUGAGUUACGUGACGUUGGACAGUACGGUUUCCUACUUCCACCAUCACAUAUCAUACCCAACAGUGAAGAAAUUCUGGACUGUUUGAUUGAAAUGGACAGAGUAACGAAGCGAAUGGGUUAUUACGAAUUGGCUUCGUCUUCAGUCAGCAUCUAUGGAUCAGUCGCAGCAGUUGUGUGUCUUCUAAUAACUUUAAUGAUCUUUUAA